AUGGCGUCACCAAAGGAAGCCUCUCACAGCAUUGAGAUCGCUGGCCCUAACGUUGGCGGCACAGGCUACGGCCUCUUAGGCAAGUCACACCCGCUCCUUCAAUGGCCCUUUCCUAAGUCCUUCGCAGGCCUGACAUGGCGGCCCACCAUCCCCUCCGAAGAACAAGCCUUUGCGGCGAUGCACGCUGCCCUUACCUCUGGCUGCAAUCUCUGGAACGGCGGCGAGAUCUACGGCACACCUGACAACAAUUCCCUGACCCUGCUCAAGAACUACUACACCCUGUACCCAGAAAAUGCCGACAAGGAAGUCCUCAACAUCAAGGGGGCUACGCGUCCUGGCUUGCAACCUUACGGCAGCCCCGACUAUGUGAUAGAGAGCGUGGAGGAUUGUCUACAGAUGCUUGGAGAAAGAGGCAGGAUUGACAUGUUUGAGUGUGCAAGAAGAGAUCCAAAGGUGCCUCUGAAAGAGACCUUGGGGGCGCUGGCAGAGCUGGUGGAUGAGGGCAAGAUUGGAGGGGUGGCUCUGUGUGAUGUCAGUGCGAACACGAUUAGAGAGGCCGCCAAGAUUACGAGAAUCGUGGCUGUGGAAGUGGAGUUGUCGCUGUGGUCGACGGAGCCUCUGACCAAUGGGAUCGCAGAGGCUUGUUUUGAAUUGAAUAUUCCGAUCAUUGCCUAUUCACCAAUCGGUCGAGGCAUGUUCACCGGCCGGAUCAAGUCUCUCGGAGACAUCCCGCAGGGGAAUGUUCGAAAAAUAUUGGCGCGAUUCCAGCCCCAAAACUUCGGCACCAACAUGAAGCUUCUAAGGGAGCUCGAGAAGAUGGCCCAGAAGGAAAAUUGCACUCCGGCUCAAUUGGCGUUAGCUUGGGUUCGAAGCCUGUCAAACAAAGAAAGAAUGCCCAGAAUCAUCCCAGUCCCGGGAGCUAGAACUGCUGAGAGGGUAAAGGAGAAGCCGUCGAGGUCGAGCUAA